GCAACACAACAACAACGGCACAUAGACAAAAUAAGGGACGCUACGAGGAGGACUGGGCAGCGCAGGAGGAAAGCGCGAGUUGUCGUCGUUUGCGUUUCCUCGGUCUUGUCGCAUCCGGAUAAACGAGCGCUCGGAAAGGGACUCGGAAGUAUCAAUCUUCAGCUGAAGCUGAAGUUCGCUCUCCAUUUCGUUUGGAGCGAUCAACGAAUCACUCUCGACGGAUCUACUGAUCUAGAAAAACUCUGGAGAAAGGAAGCUGGCUGAUGUUAAUGAUCUGAGGAACUGCGAUUCCGCAGAUCGUUGGAAUGGAAGUGCGGGUCAAGGAUCUGUUGACUGCACGUUACUGGAAAGAGGAAGAGGAUGAAGGCAGAGUGUAGGCUCGAAGCGAAUUAGUAGCAGAGGUCUAGCAAAGGCCUAGAGCGAAGGCUCGCGAGGCACCCUAUGAGAUUUGCGCAUGCCGCGCGGCAGCGUGUUAUUUAUCCGGAUGCGAGGUAACCGCCUAAUUGCGCCAUCGACGACUGGUCAUUCCACCAUCGGAUGCUGCGUCGAGAGUGCGACCCGUAUCGAUCGUCCGUGACUUGGCGCAGGAACGGACGGAGGAGGAAGAGGAGAUGGAGGGCCGGUCGGUGGCGUGAUUCAGUCGGAAUAAUGAUCGCGGGGCCGAUUUCAGGAGAGCCGUGCGUAUCAUUCCAGCAUCCGCGUGUCUACCGCGCACCACACUACCUGUCGAGCGAACUCGAUCGAACUCGAGCGAGGCGCGGCACGCGAAAAUAAAAUGCGAAAGAAAGAGAGAAACAAUAAAAAGAUCCCCUAAACGUUAAGAGAUCCGCUUUAGAAAAGGAAAAUCUGUCUGAUAUUUGUAGGGAUCCAUGGACUCCCCUCGUGCGGAGAUCCCGCGCGAGAUAUCGCAAACUCCUACUCGGAUACCGGAAGAUCCGCGACGCGGAUCCGUGGUAUGUGGAUAUCGGUGAUCUACGCGUUCAAGAAUCUCAAUUGACGGGGAACACGCGAAAAAUCGAGUGUUGCGCGCACGCGGAUACGCGAGGCGGUCGGUUAAAUAGCGAGAAUGCCGAUGGACGGCAGGCCGGCCGACUGGCUGCAGCUCUUGAGUCACCCAAAGGUGGAACAACCGGUCUCGCGGCUACCGCCUGGCUAUGUCAAAUUAUAAAGGUAUCUAAAGGUGCAAAAGCGUCUCGAGGCAACACACGCGAGACAGGGGGAACAAGCAGGCAAGCUAUACACGAAGUGAAGUAUACACAAGCGGUACGAUGGAUGGAGACUCUCGUUUCGCCAGGACUGAUCGGUCUAACGAUUUUCCACACGGUGCGCGCGGAAAACAGGAACGCGAUCGUUCCGCGGCGAUUUAUUAUGCAUCUGACGUCUCGUGCAAAUCUGAACACGACGGUACAGAACGAGAACGAGGACACCGACGCGAGAGAGACAAUGACGUGUGUCGCGGGAUUGAUUAAAGUGACCAGAAUGUGUGUGCACCGAAUCUUUCCAUUCAACAGGAAAGAAGAUCGUGGAAAAGUUGUUGUAUCCAAGUCCCGUGACCGAGACCACAUCAAUCGUGGCAUCACGAGCGAGCGAUCGGGAACCAGCAAUGAACUCUCCGGGUCUGCGAGCAACUCUAGCGGCUCUACCGAUCGCAGCUGCGGGCGCAAAGGCGCGUCCGAAUACCUAUACAGGAUGGCACCGUGCAAACUCAUGAGGAUUCUCAAUCAUCGCUUCCCGACCGAACUGAAUUUCACCGGCAACAGAAUUCGACGGAUAUUUAGCACGAAGACGGACAGAAGAGAAUGGAAAUGUUGUGAACAGAAAAUAGACUGGCAUUUCGAUUCUGAUACUAAUUGUUUUCAAUUUUUCUGUUCAAAAAAAAAAGAGAAAGAAAAUGAAAAAUUAGAUAAUAAUAACUUCAUUCUGCUAUGAUAUAGUAUCCUGUAUCGCGUAAUAUGGUAUACAAUAUCUGCAUUAUUUUAGAUCCACUUUUUGCACACAACGAACUCGACCGUGAAAUUUCUGUUCGAUGCCGUAAUCACUUUGCUCUUUUCGUAAUCACUUUGCUCAUGUCAAGCUUACGUUAUCCGGAAUAUUCGGUUGGGCUUCUUACAGACCGUUAAAAAGCGUCUGACCGUGAAAGGGAUUAAAUUGAUAGGUAACGGCGCGAUCGCACGAGUGAUGCGCCCGAGGAAUGCAUAGUGCGCGGACCAGCAAAUGACGCGUGGAGACGGCAAUCCCGUCUCCGGUAAUUUGCGGCGAUAAGACGUAGUGUCUCGUGUUCGCAGUUGCGCGACAGAUGCGGUAACGGACUCGGGGAAUCGACUUGCGUUACACUUUGCGCUAGCGAUAAAAGCGAUAUGAAAAUCAAGCGUUUGUCUUCGGAGAUCCAUCCUGCAGGAUUUUCGUGGAGCUCGCGGCCAUUCGAAGCGCGAUUCGAAGCGGCACGGUAAUGAAUCACGAAAACAAAGUUACGCACGAAGCCGCGAGACAUUGUUUUCAACGCGGUGCAAUCUCUUUCUCGAGGUUUUUCCCGCUUGCUUGCGUUCCGCAACCGGCAACAGGCAUCGUCCGAUUGCGGAACCAAGUAAGUACCAACAAGUGUGCAAGUACGAGCGCGCGUGCCGCGAGGAUUGCGCUUCAACUCUUCCUCUUAUACAUAGGUUGCAUUCGCUAUUGUGUACACAAUGGGGCGCGCGGUCCCUUGAGAAUCGGAACGCGAUUGAUAAUGCGAGCUCGCUGCAUCUCGCGUGACGCAAUAAUCGCACACGUCGGGACGCGACGAAGGAUAAGACACUCCAGUUGGCGACUCGAGUGUCGCUCCUUCGUCCGAUGACGAGACGUCCCUCUAAUUAUCGCGACACCCGACACUCCACCGAUCGUACUUUCUGCCCAGUCGAGGCGCAAGUUAUAAGGAUUCACGUUCCGACUGGACGUCAGAUUGAAAUUGACGCGAGCGUGCCUGAGAAUGAAGGCAUUCUCAAACGUUACGCGGACAAUUCCGUCCAGGAGUCUCUGCGAAAGCAUUUUUAACGCGCACGAUCGAUCGAAUGUAGCGAGCACGCGGAGCAAUAACAAUGUUUUCACAUCGCUGACUCCUCGUGCGCCUUUCGUGCCGCGGAUAAGGCGCGCGAUGAUAUCUCCCAGCUACGGCGGGAAUCCUAAUGAUUCCAGAAAAGCGUAGAGGCUCACCUAUCUGCUUCGAGGCGUACUGCUGAAGUAGACGCGUCCGUUUCUUCUCAUAUCCCUUUUGCGUGAUAUC